CGCGACCAUUUUUGUUCCGGCUUAGAACUGGCACUUUGCCCUGCGUUGGGUUGGGUGUACCCAAACUUGUGGCCUCCUGGGAUAGGCUCAAGGCCCCCCGUGAGCCUGUAUACAGGAUAAAGCAGAAUAGACAAUGACAACCUAAAACAGAAGUCAGCCGCAUGGAGUUCCCAGGUCGAAGGCGGCCUGGUAGUCUUGGCACUCCAACUCUAAGGAGGAGAAUGGAUCGCAUGUUACCUUUCUCUGAACGUCGCACGUCUAAAGUAUGGGACCACUACACCCAGCUUAGCAUGCAUCGAGUUGAGUGCAACCACUGCAAGAGGCAGCUGUCUUUUCACAACAGCACCACCUCGAUGAGAGAGCACUUGGGACGCAAGCACAGUAUUCGUGACGGAGCUGUCCCGCCUCCCAACACAGCCGAAGUCCCAAACCCUUCAACGUUACGUCAACACGUGGCUGCGUCUACUUUACUUAACAGCAGAUUUGCAACAUCUAAUCCACCAGCAGAUGUACCGACUGGCUCGUUUCAGCCAGUAGUGCCCGUCAUUGUGAAAGAGGAGCAGAAUGAAGAACAAGCAGCUGAGGCCGGUGAGGCCAAACAUACCUGCACUACGUUCACCCAUGGUUCUGUAGGAGGAGUCGGUUCUUCAAAUGCUAAUUCCGUUCCAAGCCAGGAUGUAGAACCAACGUACGGAUUUUCUCCAGAAGAGCUUAACACCACACUCAACAACAGUGGUGGCGCUAAUACCAGUGGUGCCAGGGGCUGCAGUGAUAAGCGUGCAGGACUUUUCACAGACCUUAUUUUAGAGAUGGUAUACAGGGACCUGCAACCUUUCUCUGUGGUAGAAGAGAGGGGCUUCAGACUCUUGCUUAGUUGUCUUGAACCUAAUUAUCCUGUUCCAUCACCUUCUUUGCUUGGGAACCUACUGUGCCAUCGCUAUCACAUACUCAAGCAAUGCCUUCAGCAGCAUCUUCAAACCGGCCUUGCUCCCCGCUGUAUGGCCAUUUGUACCGAACACUGGCGAUCUGUUGAUGGAUGUGGGGUCGAAGGAAUUGGCCAGUUCUACCUCACUGUCAGCGCCCAUUUUGUUGACUCUAAUUGGCAACUAGCCCGCUGCGUUUUAAAUACUCGUCCAAUAGAAGAAUACAAAGGCAACACCACCAACAGCGGCCCCAUCAAGUUUGCAAACACAUUAAAAGCAGUUCUGUCGGAAUUCCACCUUCCUGAGAGCUAUGUGUUCUGUGUUGUUCAUGACACUCCAUGGGGUAUGGAGGGCAGGAGACAAGGAAGCAUCACACUUGAUCAGGACUAUCAACAGGAAUUUCCUGGACCCAGUCAUGCUUCCAUGCAGUCACUUCCAGAGGGCUGGGAACCACUUCUUUGUGCAGGAGAGGCUCUUAAAAUCUGCGUCCAGGAGGGACUUUAUGUGGAGACUGUAAGACAGGCACUUGCAGAUGCUCGCGGGAUUGUCCUUCACUUCCAACAUGAUGUUAAUGCGGCUGCAGCUCUAAAUCAAAAAGCAGAGGCUGCCAACAAAGGUGCACCACGACUGGUCUUGGAUGACCCAGGCCGCUGGGCCACAGCCAUUGACAUGUGUGAAAGACUGCUAGAGCUUAAAUGGGUGGUUAGCUCGGUGCUGGAAGAGCAAAAGGCAGCACCUAAUUUGGCCGACCAUCAGUGGCGUUUAUUACACGAAUUAGUGCCAGUGCUAAAAACGGUGCGCAUUGCAGCAUCUUUCUUGAGCGAAGACAUCAAUGCUUCAAUUUCUUCCUUGAUGCCUUGUCUGCAAGGUGUGUCUCGAAUCCUGGGGCAAAACAUUGCUGAAUGCAGCUGCCCCGUGGUCAGGGGAAUCAUGGAAAGGAUCCGCACUGGGAUGGAGAAGCGCUGGAGACUGACUGACGAGGAAUCCUUGCUUGACAGUCCUGCUGUCCUGUCGUCAUUCCUGGACCCAAGAUUCAAAGAGAUGCGAUUUCUUAGCCCACAUGCUCGCAGCAAGCUGCAUGACAAGGUUAAAGAGUUGUUAUCUGUUCAGACUUAUACAGAUGACAGAGAGGUGGACCAAGAUAUAGACAGCGGCUUGGAAGUAAGAGAGAAUGACACAGUAGGGGAACCUGCCGUUUUGGGAUUGGAUGACCAGUUGCCUAUUCCCACAGUGGCAUCAUUGGAUUCCCCUGAGUCAUGUCCCUCAUGUGGGGAGGAGGGUGACAGCAUUGAACUUCAGCAGAAUGAGAAUUUUGUAGCUGUCUUAUCUCCAGAACACAUCAGUGAAAAUAUUACAGAUUCACCAUCCAAAGCUACAGGUGGAUGUAAAAGAGCUGCCAACACAGCUGAACUGUCAUCACCGCUCACAUGUGAUCGGCAGCUCUCUGGCCGAAUGCGAAUAAGCCCUGUUCCUCAAAGUAUGUAUGACAUUCUUCUUGGAGAAGAUCCUACUGAACGAAUGCCCGAAAUCCAACAGCAGCUAGAGAAUUACAUAGCGGAGCCGUUGUGCAAACGUAGCCUCUCACCUCUUCACUGGUGGCGUAACAAAGAACACCGCUUUCCCGCAGUGGCUCGACUUGCACGAAGAUAUCUUUCAAUCCCGGCUACUGCUAUUCCCGCUGAUCGUGCUUUUGCACCGAGGGAAUCACCGGUGGCCCACAGGCGAGCUAUGCUAGGACCCAAAAAUCUUGACCAAGUAUUGUUUCUUCAUCAGAACUGCGAUUAUGUAGAGCAGCUUAAGGGUAAUCUUCCAGGACAUCGAGAGAUUGAACAUAACAGUAGUCUGGGUGGAAACCAAAGUAGAGACAGUCUGUAUCAGACUUUAGUGUCCUAUGAUAAUAAGGUUUAAGUAAAGAAGGGUUGUGAUUACUGUUUAUAGACAAAAGUUUUUAAUGCACUCUGGAAACACUAGAAUAAUAUACACUAGUAUAAAAUCUAUUAAAGUAAUUUUUUUUUCUCAAUCUUUAUUUUUAACAUGUGUUAAAAAUAAGCUUAUUGGGUUUUGUUGCUGUAAAACCUGAUUUAUCCAGAAGGAUUUACUAUUUUUGACAGUUUGACAAUUGUGCAGCUACUAACAAUAUCUACAAUGACCAUAAAAAAUUUUCAUCGUAAUUAUUUGAAAUAAUGUUGACUCCUAUUCCGUAGAAGAAAAUUAUUACACUACCUUUCUUACUGUUUGGACUCUGGGAGUUCUGGAGAAUGGUUAGAUCAUUGUCACAUAACUCGUAUUCGUUGAUAUGCUAAAAUUUCAUGUGCCUGCUCAAAACUGUAUACAGUAUGUGAUAUGUGUUCAAUUGCAGGGGCCACUCCUGAAUGUACCUUUACUAUAAAAUGGUCACCUCUAUAAGUUUUGAAUAUGUUAUUACAAAAAAAAAAAUUACCAAGUUCAUGCAUGCAUUUCAACAGUUGUUUAUUCCAUGUACAAAAUUACAUGUUUUGUAACCUGUGACAUUAAGUAUUCUUUAUCUUUCCUAAACAUAACAGGUGAUUAAGAUGUAAUCCAUGAACUGCAUGUCAAAUUAAAGCUUGUAUGAAACAGUC